UCAAUAAGGCUUCCCGGUGUCCAGCAGGACCAGGGCAGCAGGCACAGCCACGAUUCAUGAUCCUGACGUAAACUUUAUCAGUGGCAACCUGCCACAUGAGAGACAGACACUCCGGGGAUGAUUUAUCUUACAUCAUAGUUUUACAUAUUCCUUCACCUGAAUGAUGUGUUUCACAGAAACUAAAACCUGCAGGAAGUCCUCGGGCAGAACACAGUAGAAACUGGUGGCUGUGAGAGAAGAUGUUAUCAUGAGAAGUAUGCGGCGCUGCCUGCAGACAGGAACAGGUUUCUGUUGGCAGCCGCAGACACACCUGUGGAAUCUGUUCACACGCUGCGAUGGACUGCAGCUCCUGGUUCUGUGUCGGAGCUGCAGCCGUGUUCGUGUUCACGCUGCUGCGGAGGCUCAAGGAGGGCCUCCUCUGCGGGGGGGCCCUCUGCGGGGGGGCCCUGUGCGGGGGGGCCCUGUGCGGGGCCUCUCUCUACCUGUCUGCCUCCCCGGCUGCGUGCGGCUCGGCCCUCCUCGGCUGCAGCUGGCUGUGUCUUAUGUGGGACUCUGAGCGCAGCGUAGAGCGGCUGCAGAGCCGGGCCGUGCUGAUCACAGGAUGUGACUCGGGCUUCGGGCUGGCGCUGGCGGGGCGGCUCGCAGAGGCGGGGCUGAAGGUGUUUGCAGGUGUGCUGGAUGAGAGCGGAGCUGGAGCUCAGCAGCUCCGACAGCGAGGAGCCGGAAACCUGCAGGUGCUGCAGCUGGACGUCACCUGCAGCUCCCAGCUGGAGGCGGCACACAGGUACAUCUGUGCUCAGGUGGCUCACACAGGUCUGUGGGGUUUGGUGAAUAACGCAGGGGUCCUGCACUGUCCCGUGGACGCGGAGUUGCACCCGAUGGCGGCGUACAGACUCUGCAUGGAGGUGAACUUCCUGUCUGCGGUGAACAUGUGUCAGGUGUUCCUGCCUCUGCUUAGGAGGUCCAGAGGACGUGUCAUCAACGUGUCCAGCAUGGCGGGCGAGGUGCCAAUGCCGCUGUUCGCUGCUUACGGAGCGUCUAAGGCGGCGCUAAGUGUUUUCUAAGUCAUGAGACUGGAGUUAUCGGAUUGGGGCGUCAAAGUGGCUUUAAUUCAACCUGCAGGAUUCAGAACAAAUAUCUUCGGGAACAGUGACGACGCCGCACGCUACAGAGACGGGAUCCUCGCAGUGGUUUCCUCGGAUGCCAGAGAGGAUUAUGGGGAUGCAUACAUCUCGUCCCUCCCCGACAGUCUGUCCAAAAUGUCCCGUCAGUCUGCGGAGGAUCUGUCUCCAGUGGUGGACGCCAUGUGUCACGCUCUGCUGUCGACCCAUCCCAAACCUAUGUACACCCCCGGACAGAUGGGAUGGUUUCUCCCGUUCCUCCAUCGCUAUUGUCCCACCGUCGUGUUCGACGCCAUCAUCACGACCCUCAUGAGGCACGGUGACUGCAAACCAAAGGGACUAGCAAGGAGCUGAGGCUAAUGGGAAAAGAAUCUCCAAAAAACGCAUUUAUUGAG